AUGUCUUGCGACUCAGUGAUGGGAGAGCUAAACCCUUGCAUUUCCUUCGUGCUUCAAGGCGGAACCAUCUCAACAAGCUGCUGCAACGGUGUCACAAUGCUCAAUAAUCAGGCUCAAACAUCUGCGCAGCGUCGCAGCGUCUGUCGUUGCAUCAAAUACGAUAUUAAUGGAGUCCCUUUCUCUCCUAAACAACUCGACAAUGCUCUGAACAUUCCUUCUAAAUGCGGUGUUGAUCUCCCUUACAGAAUCAGCCCUGCCACCAACUGCGACAGUGUCAACUGA